CUUGCAGAAGAAAAUAUUUUUCUCUUCCGGGGUCAGUUUGAUUUCAGGAAAAUAAACACGCGACAAAGUCACCGAACAACAUCUGAACAGUUUCCUCUUCGUUCCUGCGUCGUUGAGUUUGUUUUUCAUUCUGUGAAACUCACAACGAGUCUGAGAGCGGGAAGAAUGUCUCUUCCCUGUGUGCGUCUCUGCUCUCGACACAUGAGCGCGGGGCUUCAGGUCUGUGGCUAUGCGACCAUCCGUAAAGCGUUCAGACCCCAGGAGAGAAGCAGCGGCGGUCCGGUGUUUCAGUACGUUGGCCAGCACAGGAAACCCAACCACAAGGUGUUCGUGUGGGGCUUCAGCUUCACCGGGGCUCUGGGUCUCCCCAGCUUCGUGGUGCCGGACAGCGGCAGGAAGACUCCACGGAAGUACCAGCUCACUCCGUAUCGCCUGGACACCGCAGAGCAGAUCUCCUCGGCUGCCUGUGGUUACGGCUUCACUCUCAUCGCCUCCUCCACCAAAGAUGCGUCCAAGCUUUGGGCCAUGGGCCUGAACAAGGACUCUCAGCUGGGCUUCCAACGCACGCAGGAAAGCCGCCAUCGGAGUUACGACUACGUCCUGGAGCCGUCCCCGCUGGCUCUUCCUCUUGUCGAGCCUCUACAGACCAGAGUGAUUCAGGUCGCAUGUGGCCGAGCUCACUCCCUGGUGCUCACUGAUCAAGAGGGAGUUUUCAGUAUGGGCAACAACGCGUACGGCCAGUGUGGGAGGAGGAUAGUUGAAGAUGAAGUUUACAGCGGCAGUCACAUCAUUCACAAGAUAGAAGGCUUCGACAGCAGGGUCGUCCAGGUGGCGUGUGGGCAGGACCACAGCCUCUUCCUCACCGAGACUGGAAAAGUGUUUGCGUGUGGAUGGGGUGCAGACGGACAGACGGGUUUGGGUCACCACAGCGUCAGCUCCAGUCCGGUGGAGGUUGGCGGGGAUCUGGCCGGCGUCGAGGUGCAGCAGGUCAACACGUACGGAGACUGCAGCCUGGCCGUGUGCAGAGACGGGCACCUGUAUGGAUGGGGCAACUCUGAAUACCUGCAGCUGGCCUCGGUCACGGAGGCCACACAGAUCAACUCUCCUCGACGUCUUCCUCUGAGAGGCUGUGGGAAGGUGGUUCAGGCGGCGUGUGGAGGGACGCAGGUGGCUAUUCUCAACGAUAAAGGAGAGGUGUUUGUUUGGGGAUAUGGGAUUCUUGGAAAAGGUCCAAAUCUGUCAGAAUCGUCGACCCCGGAGAUGAUUCCCUCCACGCUGUUUGGACGCUCGGAGUUCAACCCGUCGGUCGCCGUCACCAGGAUCAGAUGUGGCCUCUCACAUUUUGCUGCAGUAACAGAUCGCGGCGAGCUCUUCGUCUGGGGGAAGAAUGUGAGAGGUUGUUUGGGCAUCGGGAGCAGAGACGACCAGUUCUUCCCAUGGAGAGUGACUGUCCCAGGUUCAGUGGUGGAUGUAGCCUGCGGUGUUGACCACAUGGUGGCGCUGGUGAGGUCCCUCCUGUGAGCUCUGAUCCUGCCCAGCAGCGGUUGGACAGGCUGGAUGUUUGAGUCCCGGUCGCCUCAGGGAGCCGAUGGAGGGUCUGCUUUGGAGUCUCGAGGCCAGCUGCUCUCCACAGGCGACGGACCCUCGUGUCCCUCCGUCCUGCGGUGACGUCAGGAGGCGAGCGGAGCUGUGGAUUCUAAAGUGUCACCGACAUGGUUCCCUUCAUCCUGAAGGUCACAUGGGACAGAUUUAUGAACAAAUACAGCUGAGGCGAGGAUUCAAACGGACGUUUUGAAAAUCAUUCUCUCGUCGCAGCUUCUUCAAUGUGAGAAUUAGCUUCUUUUUUUUUCCUGUUUGAUAAAAUCUAAAACUGGAUUAAAUUUUUCCCGGACGGUUGUCAGAGAAAAUAAAAACAUUUGAAGACGUCUCUCUGGGUUCUGGACGACUUGAUUGCAGACAAUUGAAACAAAACAUUGUAAACGAGGCCACAGACGACAAACUACCCACGCUGCUGUAGUUUAUCUGAGGACGUAGAAGAAGAAGACACGUUCAGCUCGACCCUCAGACUGAAGACUCGUCGUCUGAUUAUUCAGAUUUCACACGAUCACAACAUACGAGCGCUUCACAUCGUCAGGUGUGAUUAUAGAUAAAGUUACAGGAGCUGCAACAUUGAGUAUUAGAUAUUAUUAAUUAUAUUUAUUAAUAUAUCUGCAGCUGAUCUCUAACCUCGACCUGUGAUUUACUGAAAUGAAACACUCUUCUGGUCGAUGGACACGUUCUUACGGUUCAGCGCCGGUGGCUCGGGUCUGUUGUUGCUGUUGUUCUCUUCGGCUCUGAGCUCCUGUGACUUCGGGCCAUUCAUCAUUGUGACAAGUCGAGGGCCCUCGGAGAGAAGGGAAAUGUAUUUGUGACACAACUACUGAUCGAGCAUAACACACACUGAGGCAGCAGCCUCCCGCUCGAUUGGUUCGUCAAUACGCUCUCGUUCGACCGACUCUCAUUGGUCGGACAAUCCAUUUUCGCUAUGCACCAAUAUUUAUAUACUCACAGAUAUCAGGCGUCUAAAUGAAUCUGAUUUUAGGUCAAGAUCCAUGAAUGAUUCCCUGGAAAACCAUUGGAAAACAUCCCAAACUUGUGAUUUUAGGGAUGAUAAUAAUGAAAGAAAUUCCUUGAACUGAUCCGACCAAUAUUUAAUGGCUUCUUCCUUUGGUCGUUACAAGGAAAUCUGUUAAGUAGCUUUUGUGUAAUCCUGCUAACAAA